AUGCGACUUAGCCACACGAUGGAAAAGAACAUCUGCUAUCGGCAACGAAGGAGAAAAGAAGUUGUCUACGACGACUUAGAGGAUUACGAGACUGUGCUGAGCCUCGAAGCCGCGCACGACAAACUUGGAUCGAAUUUCGACAAGCACCACGUCUUGUUGGAAAGAAGAAGGACUUUGAGGCUUGAUCCGAAUGCAUCGCACAUUGAGCGGUUAGUAGCAAACACUAGCUGCAGAAAAGCGUUGCAGGACGAUAUUUCGAAACACAUGCAGAAGAAGAUUCUGGAAGCAGCACAAAAAAGAACGAGUCCAAAGAAGUGCCGCGGGGAUCUCCGCGAAUGUAAUAUUCCGCUAGCAGCCUUGCUGAGCGAAGACGGGACUCGCAUGUCUUCUCGUCGUGAGAUGGAAAUCAUUACGGGGAGGUUCUACUCGAACCUUUUCCGUUCAUCAACUCCUGUGUCAACCCCGAUCAUCCCCACUGGUGAAACUCCACCACGGAUUCUCCCUUCGGAAGUACGAGUCGCUAUCAAGAGCAUGAAGCCUGACACAGUUCCCGGAUCUGAUUUUAUAUCAGCACACUUUCUUCGGGCUGGUGGCCAUCAGCUUCAUGUAAUCUUAGCGGCACACAUGACAUCCUACCUUCAGAAAGAAAGGAUCUCAGACGAGUGGAAGACUUUGCGAACCGUUCUUAUCCGUAAGAAAGGUGACCGAGAGGACCUUUGGAACUACCGUCCGAUAGGGUUGCUGAGCGUGUUAUACAACGUAUUCACCAAGAUCAUCCUCACCCGCAUAUCUAGGACGCUGGAUGAAGCCCAGCCUCAAGAACAAGCUGGAUUCCGUCAGGGGUUCAGCUGCUUGGACCACAUCCAGACCGUGUCGAGGGUCAUAGAAGUUUGCCGGGAAUACCGCCUGUCCCUUGUUCUAACCUUCGUCGACUAUGAGAAAGCCUUUGAUAGCGUAGAAACGAAUGCAACACUGUCAGCGCUGGUCGAUCAAGGUGUGAACGCCUCGUAUGUGAGGACAUUAGCCAAUUACUACGAUCGAUGUACCACAAAGAUACAGCUUUCCCACCGCUCCCUCACCAUACCCAUUGGAAAGGGGGACGGAGGCGUACAACUUGAAGGCUCCACAAUCGUGGGAACUUCGUCAUACGUAUACCUCGGACGUUCUAUGAACAUGGAAAACGACUUGAUGGAAGAAAUGAAUAGAAGAAUGAUGGCAGCAUGGGUAGCAUUCACAGCCGUCAGCGAAGCUACGGACCAACUGACGGACCAAGAUUUUCGUGCCCAUCUGUUCGACUCGACAGUUCUUCCAGCGCUCUGUUACGCAGCGCAGACGUGGGCAGACACCGCUGCCACGUCUAGGAAGCUACUUACUACCCACAGAGCCCUUGAGAGAUGUCUUCUGAAGUUUAACCGGCGCAGACAACACCUAGCCGGUCUUCGCAGUUCCGACUCAAGAGGAAUGUAUCGUCUUCGCGACUCAGUGAAAUAUGUAUCGAAAGCAAAACAUAGAUGGGCCGGUCACAUUGACAAAAAGAACGCUAGAAUGGAAAUUGAGCUCCUUUUACUUCCACAUUAUAUCGAAUUUGAAGCCAGUCAUAUGGAAAUACUUUCUGAAAGAUUUAAAAAGGAACAGGAUGCAUACUCUCUUCGUAGGAACGAUAAUGAAAUGGUCGAAGAUGAUCUCAUGGAUCGACACUAA